UAUAUCGAAUCGAUUUAAUUUUUGAAGUAUUUAUCAUAAAAUAUUGUCAAAAGUGUUUAAGAUUUUGUGGACGAUAGCAUAAAUAUUGAUAUUUUGUAUUAGUAUUUUUGUUGUUAUUAAAAAUGUCUGGAGAAGCUGGCGAUAAACCUGCUGAAGGUGGUGAAAAUCCUGCAGGGGAUCCUCCCGAACCUGGCGAGAAUACUGCGGAAGCACCUCAAGAAGAAGGUGAACAGGCAAAUGCAGGAGCUGUAGAAGAAACUGCUGUGAAAAUAGAUGAAGUGGCUAGAAAAAUGUCACGUAAGAAAUCAGUGGUAGCUUCCACAUCAGCUCUGGGUGUACAAAGUAUAAUAGAUAUAGACAGAACCGCUCUAGAAGCUAUUCUCGAUGUCAGUUCACGAUUACAGGACAUUCAGAAAAAAAGCAAAAUAUCUAUGAGCACACUGGCCUUAGGUCACGAGUCUUAUAAAGAUAAACAAGCGAAAGCUAAAGAAGCUCGCAGUAAUAGAAUGGGAGGAGUAAAAUCACAAAGUAGAUUUCUGCUAGAGAAUGCAGCUGAAAUUUUAAAUAAGACCAUAGAAUAUGUUAUGGAAGGUGUUUAUGAUGCUGAUAUUCAUAUUGAUAUAUUGGAUAGUGCAUUAGUAGAGGGGGGGAGAAAUUGUUUCGUUCUCUGUGAUGCUCUGCUGCCACCUUUAAAAAUGGAGUCGGGAAGGUUCGUGCCAAAUCAAAAAGGUAAGAUGGAGAGAACUUACAUAUCAGAUGCGGCGACAAUUGGAACGGAGGGUAUGUGUGUGGCCAUGUAUCGCAUCAAGAAUAAAGCUAUUGAUAUAAAAAAUGUGGCGGAAGACUAUUUUUUAGUGUUAUUUGAUAUGAACCAAGAAACAGAGAACGUUGUAUCUGGUAUAUUCAAGACCAUGAAAAGAGUUUACGUUCCAGCCAUACAAACGUGUCAAGCUUGGGGCGAUCUUAAUCCACCAAACCCCAGGAGUACUGAUAUUAUCAAAACAUAUAUUUCCAAAAUAAUGCUCUUCAUCGAUUAUCUUGCCAAAACUAAGAUUGAUUUGGAUUGCUGUACAAAGUUUAAGAUAAAUCUAGUUCUGUAUGAGGAAGAGCUUUCUGAUUUAGAGAAGAUGAAAGCUGCAAUAACAAAGACUCAUGUUUUGGAAGAAAUUUGUUUUUAUGUCAAACAGUGGGUUAAACAAAUUACAAUGGUGUUGGUACAAAGUCAGCAGCUGCGCCGUGAGCCUUCGAAUAUAGGCCCUUUAGCAGAGCUUGACCACUGGCGCAGGCAAUUGACGUCAUUUACAUCUAUCAUAGAACACAUCAAGAGCGAUCCAUGCCAAAUGUACAUACAUACUCUCAUACGAGCCAAGUCUAAGCUCCUUAAGAAAUGGCGAAUGUUAGAUAAUCAAGUAACAGAUUACUACAAUGAAGCUUUCGAUAAUGUUAGAUAUCUGUACGCUCUGGAAAAAUACUGCGAACCUUUAUACAGAUGUGAUCCAUUGACCAUGCAGCAGUACUUACCGGGAUUGAUUUACACUGUACGAAUGAUUUUCGCAACUUCCCGCUACUAUAAUACCACGAAACAGAUAUCCACGUUGCUUGUUAAAGUAACUAACCAAAUUCUUAAUAUGUGCAUGGAUUAUUUGACUAAUGGCGACAGAAAAACUAUAUGGAAUCAAGACAAACUUAAUUUUAUCAGUAAGGCUAAGUUAUGUCUGAAUCUGUAUAGUUUUUAUCGUGAAUGCUAUAACGAAACUCAGAUGGAAAUGAUGGAAGCGGCCGACGAACGUCCAUUUGAUUGUUCCGAAAUGUAUAUUUUCGGAAAAUUUGAAACAUUCCGAAAGCGAUUGCUUAAGAUCAUAGAUUUGUUUCAAACAUACAUCACUUAUUACGUUCUCAACAAAACCACUCUCGAAGGAAUUGAAGAGUACGCCGUAAACUUUAAUAAACUUUUUAAAGUCAUAUCAUCUAAAACGUACGACGCUUUAGACCACAGGCGACCAGACUUCGACAAGGAUUAUAAGACUUACAAAGACAAUGUUGCGACACAAGAACUACUGUUAGAGAAUUUUAUGAUUGCGAGUGUUAACAAAUGUCCAACGACUGAAAUAGCAUUGCAUUUAUUGGAAAGGUUUAAGAGACUUAAGUUAGACUGCUUGUAUCUUGAGGAUCAGUAUUACGAUCUGAUUAGCAAGUACACAGCGGAGAUUGAAGCUAUCCGAGAUAGGUACAAUGAAGAAAGAGAAAAUCCUGACUUACCACGUAAUAUGCCUCCGGUUUCUGGAAGGGUAAUGUGGAUAAGAUUCUAUGAUAAAAAUAUAAAGUGUCCCAUGAAAGAGUUUAUGAAACAUCACGAGGUCAUAACUCAUAUGAAUACUCAAAGAUGUAUAAAACUCUAUAAUGUUAUGAGCAUUGUGUUUACGGAAUUCGAACUAAUUUAUCACAGAGCCUGGAUGGAAAACGUUGGCCAGGUGCGCCUUGGCUUGAUCGCACCUCUACUGAUACGCCAUCCUGUCACCAAUUUAUUCAUUGUCAACUUCAACAUCUAUAUUCCUGAAUGUAUAAGGGAGGUGGAAUAUAUGUGGCAGUUAGGUUUGAGUGUUCCUGAUUCAGCGCAAAUCGUAGCGUACUCUAAGGACAAAAUAUUUGCUGACUAUGAACGUAUAAAAUUUUUGGUCGAGCGCAACAAUCAGAUACGGAGGAGUAUGCCAAAACUCUACCUGCCAUUGUUGCGAGCACAGCUGAUUAAGCUUGACCAAGCCUUUCAGCCGGGACUGUCCAUAAUAACUUGGACCUCUUUAGAGAUACCCUCCUAUUGUGAUAACAUUGAGACUGUACUCGACGAAGUUGAUCUGUUUAUUAAAGAGGUAGUAGAUAUGAAAGAGGCACGUAUAGAUGCCAUUUUGCAGUCAAUAGCGACGACUUUAUUAGUGUACCUGCCUAAGACCGCAGUGGAUCCCAAUUCAUUUUAUGAAGAAAAUUUGAUACGGCGGGAUGAAAUCGCCAAUGAAAUACAGCAAAAAUCUUGGAACGCUGAGCUGGCUGUAAUAGAACUCAUAAAUAAGUUCUUAGAUAGCGUUCCAUCGAAACAAAUCCGAGAUUUAAAAGAUAACUGGUUGGAUACAGAAAAGGCGUUGAAACAGGUAACAUCAGCUACAAGAGUGUUCCCAGAAGAUGCAGCGUUUAUGGAGAUUGAAAAUCCCGAUAGAUUUGAACCGAUGCACGCUAUAAAUGAAUGCAAUGAGCUUUUUGCAUACUUCGCCACAAAAUGUCUGGAAGCACUUAUAAAAUGUACGAGACAAAGCUUAGACCUACUAAGAAAACGAGCGUCGGUUUCCAGCUUUUUGACUAUGACAACGGAUCCCGAAGAACAAAAAAAACUAAAACCUCUCAUGCUCACGAUGAUGUAUUUGGAAAUUCCCAAAAUUCUUAUAAAGCCCUCCUUGGAAGAAAUCCAGUCAGCUUUCUCACAGGUUGUGUUGAAUUGCAUUAUGGAUAUUCAUCGCAAUGUAUACAUGUGGGGUCAACAAGAGUUGAUUAAAAAGGAGAAAAUGGGAGAGCAUUCAUUGACUGCUGCUAGGAGCAUGAGUGCUACAUCGAGAUCUGGCUCAACUUUAAUUGGUAUCAGAAGUUAUUUUCGAAUGGUUUCUGAACAUAAGGACAUAGUCCGUGCUGUCAUGGCGCUGCAAGGCAUGAUGUACAAAUUUAAGCCGGAUAUAGAAAAGCUUUUGACUGGCUAUGGUCGAUUUUCACAUUUGUGGGCCGAAGAUAGAGUUAAACAAGUUCAGGAUUUUGUCGACACAAAUCCUCUUAACGUUAUAAUCAGAGAUAUGUUUAAAAAAUACGAAAAUCAAACGGACGAAGUUGUUCAUCUCCCAGAAAGACAUAUUAUUGGUUCUAUUCAAAUAGACAUGGAAAAAAUUAAGUUGGCUUUGCAUAUAGAAUCAAUAGAAUGGAAACGUAUUCUGGGUAAAUUAUUAAGUCAGGCUUAUAGAGAAAGAGUUCUCAAGAUGAUGCAGUUCAUAAACGACCGCAUGAAGGCCAUGAGCAAGAAGAUAAAAGACUUAGACGACGUCCGCGUUGCUAUGAUAUGUUUGGAAUUAAUAAGGGAAGAGUUCAUUGGAAUGGAUAUCGAGCUAGAUUUGAUCGAAGAGAGCUAUGCUACAUUUAGUCAGUUCAAUAUUGAUAUUCCAAAAGAGGACGCCGAUAUGGUUUAUGGUUUGCGCUAUGCUUUCCAAAAUAUGCUACUAACUUCUCAACAAGUGCAACAGAGAAUAGUAGAUAUGCAGGGCCCAUUGCAAACGGAAUUGAGCGAUGGUGUGGCAGCAUUUAACGUCGACGUACUUAAGUUUGAUGCUGAUUACGAUGCGUUCGGGCCAAUGACCCCUGGUCUAUCAGCAAGAGAAGCGAGUGACAGAGUGAUUAUGUUCCAAUCGCGGUUUGAUGAAUUAUGGAGAAGAUUUGAAAUGUACUCCAAUGGUGAAAAAUUGUUCGGUAUGGAAGUCAAAGACUACCCUAUACUUCAUCAGAAAAAGAAAGAAUUUAAUCUGCUAAGUAAACUAUACAGUCUAUACCUCGCCGUUAUGAACUCUAUAGACGGUUACUUUGAAACGCCAUGGGUUUCAAUUGACAUUGAACAAAUUGUCUCACAGCUGGCAGAAUUUGAUUUGAGAUGUCGAAAAUUACCUCGAGGUAAAGAUUGGCCAGCAUUUAUUGAUUUGAAAAAUAAAAUCGAUGACUUUAAUCAAACUUGUCCUCUACUGGAGCUUAUGGCGGAUAAAUCUAUGAAAGAUAGACACUGGAAGAGACUAGAGAAUCUCAUGCAUUGUGUCUUGGAUGUGGAAUCUCCGUCGUUCCUUCUGGCUGACGUUAUGGAAGCACCUUUACUGAAAUACAAAGAAGAUGUUGAGGAUAUAUGUAUUAGUGCCGUCAAAGAAAAAGACAUUGAAGCUAAAUUAAAACAAGUUAUAGCAGAUUGGGCCGUAGUAGAUCUUACUUUCGCUCCAUUUAAGAAUAGAGGAGAACUGCUUAUCAAACCUCAGGAGACUCUCGAUAUUAUAACUUUGCUUGAAGAUUCUUUGAUGGUUUUGAAUUCUUUAGCGUCAAAUAGAUACAAUGCUCCAUUUAAGCGAGAUAUUUUAUUAUGGAUCAACAAACUGGUUGGUACAACAGAGAUCCUGGAGAAGUGGUUGCAAGUUCAGAACUUAUGGAUGUAUUUAGAGGCCGUUUUCGUCGGUGGAGACAUUGCUAAGCAAUUGCCAGCGGAGGCUAAGCGUUUUGCUACAAUUGACAAGACAUAUGUAAAAAUAAUGUAUCGUGCUCGUGAUAUUGUAAAUUGCGUGGAAACUUGCGUUUCUGACGAUACUUUGAAACAAUUACUUCCGCAUCUAAUUGAACAAUUAGAGGCAUGUCAGAAGUCGCUUACUGGGUAUUUGGAGACAAAGCGGUUAAUCUUUCCGAGAUUUUUCUUUGUUUCCGAUCCAGUUCUACUGGAAAUUCUGGGUCAAGCAUCAAAUCCACAAUCUAUUCAGCCACAUUUGCCAAGUAUAUUUGAUGCAAUGUAUACGGUAGACUUUGAUGAUAAGGAUCGUAUUAUAAACAUGAACUCUGACAACGGUGAAACGAUUCCGCUUGAACGACCAGUUAAUUGUCUUGGAGGCGUCGAGAUAUGGCUUAAUACUUUGCUGGAUACAAUGAAAGAUACAGUGCGAAACAUGAUAGCUAAUAUAGCUCAGGCAAUGGCUGGAGAUCCUGAAUUUGAGUUUUUGUUAGGAUUUUGGAAUUUCCCUGGGCAGGCAAGUUUGUUAGGAAUGCAAAUAUUGUGGACAAGCGACGCGGAGUACGCUCUAAAGAAGGCUAGAGUUGAUAGAUAUAUUAUGAGGCUUACAAAUCAAAAGAAUUUAGAUUUAUUAAACGGAUUAAUCGAUCAAACUGUGAAGGAUUUAGUGCCGCUCGAUAGAACAAGGGUCGAAACUAUGAUCACUAUACACGUUCACCAGAGGGAUAUAUUUGACGACUUGGUGAAACUGAGAAUAAAAACGCCGACAGAUUUUGAAUGGCAAAAACAAGCUCGAUUUUAUUAUUUCGAGGAUACUGAUGAAUGUAUUGUAUCAAUAACAGACGUUGACUUCAUUUAUCAGGACGAGUAUCUAGGGAUCACGGAACGUUUAGUGAUCACGCCAUUGACUGAUCGUUGUUACAUAACGCUAUCUCAAGCUAUUGGUAUGAGCAUGGGCGGAGCGCCCGCGGGACCAGCUGGUACAGGGAAAACUGAGACCACCAAAGACAUGGGGCGAACGCUCGGGAAGCUUGUUAUUGUCUUCAACUGCUCAGAUCAAAUGGACUUCAGAGGCUUGGGGCGCAUAUAUAAAGGAUUAGCACAGUCUGGUACUUGGGGAUGUUUCGACGAAUUUAACAGAAUUGAACUGCCCGUUCUUUCAGUAGCUGCACAGCAAAUUUAUAUUUGCUUAACUGCCCGCAGAGAAAAGAAGGAAUUCUUUAUUUUUAGUGACGGUGAUACAGUAAGCUUAAAUCCGGAAUUUGCCUUUAUUAUCACAAUGAAUCCGGGUUACGCUGGAAGACAGGAGUUACCAGAAAAUCUUAAGAUACAAUUCCGUUCUGUGGCCAUGAUGGUACCGGAUCGACAGAUUAUUAUAAGAGUGAAAUUAGCCAGCUGCGGCUUUAAAGAAAAUAUUUUAUUAGCAAGAAAAUUCUUUACAUUAUACAAACUUUGCGAAGAGCAGCUCUCAAAACAAGUGCACUAUGAUUUCGGGUUACGAAACAUUUUGUCAGUUUUAAGAACAAUGGGUGCACAAAAGCGAGCCAAUCCAGAGAGUACGGAAGAAAACAUCAUGAUGAGAGUACUAAAGGAAAUGAAUGUAUCAAAACUAGUGGACGAAGAUGAACCCUUAUUCAUAUCCUUAAUUGAGGAUUUGUUCCCUGGAAUUAAAAUAAGCCAGACAUCACAAAAAGAAAUGCAACGUGCUAUAGCUAUAAUAACAGAUCGAACAGGUUUGGUAAAUCAUCCAGAAUGGAAUUUAAAGAUAAUUCAGCUUUACGAGACCUCGUUGGUGCGUCACGGUUUAAUGACAAUGGGUCCGACGGGGUCUGGGAAAACAACAUGCAUUCAUUCAUUGAUGGCUGCUCUUACGGAAGUUGGAAAGCCGCAUAGAGAAAUGAGAAUGAAUCCAAAGGCAAUUACGGCACCUCAAAUGUUCGGUCGACUGGACGUAGCGACGAAUGACUGGACAGAUGGUAUAUUUUCUACACUAUGGAGACGAGCUUUGAAAGUCAAAAAAUCCGACACGACAUGGAUAGUAUUGGAUGGUCCCGUGGACGCGGUGUGGAUUGAAAAUUUAAACUCUGUCUUAGACGAUAACAAAACAUUAACGUUAGCUAACGGUGAUCGUAUAUCGAUGGCACAAAAUAGCAAACUUGUGUUUGAGCCUGAUAACGUAGAUAAUGCGUCUCCAGCUACCGUAAGUCGUAUGGGGAUGGUGUUUUUAUCAUCAUCUGUACUGAAAUGGCAACCGAUACUGGAAGGUUGGCUUAAAAAGAGAUCUCAAAAAGAGGCAGAUGUAUUCAGAGUAGCCUUCAACAAAGUGUAUGACGACGUACAUUCAUUUUUACAACAGAAGCUACCAGUCAAAAUGAAGCUCUUGGAAGCUAUUUAUAUCAGACAAUGCAUUGACGUUUUGGUGGGCUUACUGCAAAUUGAAAUACCUGGUGGAAAGUUACACACAGACCGACACUUGGAACGUCUUUUUAUUUUCGCUAUGAUGUGGUCUCUGGGCACUGUGUUAGAACUGGACGGUCGGUUCCGUAUGGCUGAGUUCAUGACCAAGUUGCCAGUUCGCAUGGAUUGGCCAGGCGCCCGCUCCAAAGAAUGGGUUAUGCCUUUCGACUAUAUGGUUAAUGAAUACGGAGUUUGGCAGCACUGGUCCGAAAACGUUGAAGAUUAUAUUUAUCCAUCUGACAGCAUACCUGAAUACGCUUCAAUAUUGGUCCCAAACAUAGAUAACGUUUGCAUUUCCUUUUUAAUUGAUACAAUAGCGAAACAAAAUAAAGCAGUGCUAUUGAUCGGUGAACAGGGAACUGCUAAAACUGUUAUGCUAAAAAGCUAUAUGGCAAAAUACGAUAACGAAGUUAAACUUUACAAGAUGAUCAACUUUUCAUCUGCAACAACUCCGAAUAUGUUCCAGAGAAUUAUUGAGUCCUAUGUUGAAAAAAGAGUUGGUAUGACAUAUGGCCCGCCAAGCGGCAGAGCUAUGACAGUUUUCGUAGAUGAUAUAAAUAUGCCAGUUGUUAAUGAAUGGGGCGAUCAGGUUACUAACGAAAUAGUCCGUCAAAUGAUGGAACAAGGCGGGUUCUAUUCGUUAGAUAAGCCUGGUGAUUUCUUCAUCAUUGCUGAUAUUCAAAUGUUUGGAGCUAUGAUACAUCCGGGUGGUGGUCGAAAUGAUAUUCCUCCUAGGUUAAAACGUCAAUUUAAUAUUUUUAAUUGCACUUUGCCCAGCAACAUUUCUAUGGAUAAAAUAUUUGAAACCAUAAGCGCUGGUUACUUUUGUAAAACCAGGUUUGACAAGAAAAUUAUAGAGUUUAUGCCCCGAUUAGUCCCCGUAACUAGGAUUAUAUGGCAACAGACCAAAGUAAAAAUGCUCCCAACGCCAGCAAAGUUUCAUUAUGUAUUCAACUUACGAGAUUUGUCUCGUAUUUGGGAAGGGAUUCUUAUGAUCAAAAGGGAAGAAUUGCCGUCUAUCAAAACUGCCCUCAAAUUAUGGUUUCACGAAUGUCUGAGAGUAAUAUCUGAUAGAUUUACGACAUUUGAAGACAAAGACUGGUUUACUGCGAACUUUUGGAAGACCGCUACCCAAGAGUUACCAGAUAUCGUGAACGAUAUGACCGAUGAAGAAACAUACUUCGUUAAUUUCUUGCGUGAGCCUAUUGACCCUACCGGGGAUGAAGACGAAGAAGACUUUAGCACUGAUGCUCCUAAAAUUUACGAGGAACUGCCUUCAUGGGAAUUCGUUUUGAUGAAGCUUGGUCAAUUUCAAGACACAUUUAAUGAGCAAAUCAGAGGUGCUCAUCUCGAUUUAGUAUUCUUCCACGACGCUAUGGUGCAUUUAUUUAUUAUAUCCCGUAUAAUAAAUACCGCUCGAGGUAAUGCUUUACUCGUGGGUGUAGGCGGCUCUGGUAAACAAAGUUUGACGAAGUUGGCCUCGUUUAUCGCAAACUUUUCUUAUUAUCAAAUUACUUUGACAAGGGCUUACAAUGUAAAUAAUUUUAUGGACGACAUUAAAAUAUUGUAUCGUAUAGCGGGAUUGCAGGGUCAGGGUAUUUCGUUUAUAUUUACGGAUAAUGAUAUUAAAGACGAACAGUUCCUGGAAUUUCUCAACAACAUCUUAAGUUCCGGAGAAAUCGCUAAUCUAUUUCCCAAAGAUGAAUUAGAUGAAAUAUUAAACGAAUUAACGCCAAUCAUGAAAAAACACGCACCGAAGAGAAUUCCGGUACCAGAUGUCUUAUAUGAGUAUUUUAUUAUGCGAUCAAGAGCCAAUUUGCAUGUCGUAUUAUGCUUUUCCCCGGUGGGUGAGAAAUUCCGAAGUAGGGCUUUAAAGUUUCCCGGUCUGAUAUCCGGAUCAACUAUGGAUUGGUUCCAAAAAUGGCCGCGAGAGGCUUUGAUAGAAGUGGCUCAUCAUUUUCUUUCAGAAUUUCAAGUGGUGUGUUCACCUGAAACAAAAACACAAUUAAUUGAAAUAAUGGGUAGUGUUCAAGACAAUGUCGCCGAAACUUGUGCUAUUUACUACGAGAGAUUUAGGAGACAGACGCAUGUUACUCCUAAAUCUUACUUAUCGUUUUUGGAAGGUUAUAAAGUGUUAUACAAGGCGAAGCACUUGCAUAUUGCUGAAUUAGCUAGAAGAAUGACAACAGGACUGGAUAAACUUGUUGAGGCAGCUGAAAGUGUUGACGUGUUAAAGAAAGAACUUGAAGUCAAGGAAAUGGAAAUUAAAGUUGCAACUGCAAAAGCAGAAGAGGUACUAGCUGCAGUGGCUGAAUCAGCUGCUGCUGCAGAAGUUGUGAAGGCUGAGGUUCUGGCCGUGAAAGAUAGAGCUGUGAAACUCGUCAGUGUUAUUGCGGCGGAAACGGCAGUUGCAGAAGAAAAGCUAGCUGCAGCAAAACCAGCACUAGACGCAGCUGAAGCAGCUUUGCUAACAAUUAAUGCUGCUGACAUUGCCACUGUCCGUAAAUUGGGAAAACCACCAUAUCUUAUUACUCUUAUUAUGGAUGCUGUCAUCCUGUUAUUUAGAAAGAAAAUUGAUCCAAUUAAACCUGAUCCAGAAAAACAAUUUUUGUUAGCGUCUUGGGCUGAAUCUUUGAAGGUUAUGGCAGACGCAAGAUUUUUAAAUAACUUGAAGUUUUAUCCUAAGGAUGAAAUUAAUGCAGAAAUGGUGGAUUUAUUGCAACCAUAUUUUAGUUUCCCUCAAUACACUUUUGAAGCAGCUAAAAUAGCCUGCGGCAAUGUGGCUGGCUUAAUUUCCUGGACCAUAGCAAUGGCGCAGUUUUACGGGGUGAACAAAGACGUUUUGCCUUUAAAAGCAAACUUAGCUGUUAUGCAAAGCAAAUAUCAAGCUGCCAAACGAGAAUUGGAGGCUGCGGAAGCUCUUUUAGAAGCCAAAGAGCGUGAGCUGGGUGAAGUCCAACGUCAGUUUGAGGAAGCGAUGUCUCUUAAACAAGCAGUUUUAGAUGAUGCUGCUAAGUGUCAACAGAAAAUGGAUGCAGCCACGGCACUCAUAAAUGGACUAAGUGGAGAGAGAAUAAGAUGGACUGAGCAGUCUGCCCUCUUUAAAUCCGAAAUUGAGAGACUAGUUGGGGAUAUUUUGCUGUUAACUGGAUUUUUAUCAUAUACGGGACCGUUUAACCAAGAGUUUAGAAUACUGUUAAUACAGAAUUGGUUACAUGAAUUAUUAAAAAGGAAAAUUCCUGUUUCAAUGAAUUUGAGUAUUGUUGACCAACUCACCGAUGCUGCUACAAUUGGAGAUUGGAAUCUUUGUGGUCUACCGUCGGAUGAAUUAUCCGUACAGAAUGGUAUUAUUGUGACGAAGGCAUCUCGUUUUCCGUUACUCAUAGAUCCUCAAACCCAAGGGAAAAUCUGGAUUAAGAACAUGGAGAAAUUUAAUGACUUGAUUGUCACAACUCUUAACCAUAAAUAUUUCCGGAAUCAUGUUGAAGAUUGUGUUUCCUUGGGUAGACCCAUGCUGAUUGAGGAUGUGGCUGAAGAAUUAGAUCCGGCUUUGGACAAUAUUCUGGAGAAGAAUUAUAUAAAAAUAGGCUCUUCAUAUAAAGUAAGAUUGGGGGACAAAGAAAUAGAUGUUACGGCAGGUCACAAAAUAUACAUCACAACUAAACUUCCGAACCCCGCUUAUACUCCAGAAAUAUCUGCUCGAACAUCUAUCAUUGAUUUUACAGUCACAAUGCAAGGUCUCGAAGACCAGCUCUUGGGACGGGUUAUACUUACCGAGAAAGCAGAAAUGGAAGCCGAAAGAACACAGUUAAUCAUGGAUGUGACGGCUAAUCGUCGUAAAAUGCAGGAGUUGGAAGAAAAUUUGCUUCAUAAAUUAACCACAAUUCAGGGAUCUUUAGUAGAGGAUGUCUCACUAAUUCAAGUAUUGAAUAUAACAAAGGCCACAGCAACUGAGGUAAAAGAAAAACUUGAUGGAGCAAAAGAAACUGAAAUAAAAAUCAACCUCGCCCGCGAAGAGUUCAGACCGGUUGCCACACGUGGGUCAGUGCUCUACUUCCUGAUAUGUAACAUGUCGUUAGUGUGCAAUAUGUACCAGACCUCAUUGGCUCAGUUCCUGGAACGUUUUGACAUUUCCAUGGAAAGGUCGCCACCAAGUCCUAUUACCUUCAAACGAAUUGGCUUUAUCAUUGAGUAUCUGACCUACGAUGUGUGGAAGUACAUAAGCCGAGGGUUUUACGAAAAACAUAAGUACUUAUUUACUUUACUCUUAACGCUGAAAAUCGACCUUCAGAAGGAAUACGUGUCUUACGACGAGUUCCAGAUAUUUAUUAAAGGAGGGGCAGCAUUGGAUCUUAAUGCAUGUCCUCCAAAACCUUUUAAAUGGGUGACUGAUAUGUCUUGGUUGAACCUUGUGCAACUAUCUAAUUUAAGGCAGUUUACAAAUAUACUAGAUCAAGUAACAAAUAAUGAAAAAGGAUGGAAGUCUUGGUUUGAUAAAGAAGCACCUGAAGACGAACCUUUGCCUGAUGGAUACCACACAGUAGAUGUUUUCAGAAAACUUCUAGUAGUUCGUGCAUGGUGUCCUGAUAGGACACUAGCACAAAGCUUAAAAUAUGUUAUAUUUUCAAUGGGUGCAAAAUUCUCCGAAGCUGUAAUCGUAAAUUACGAGCAAAUGGUGCUAGAAUCGCGACCAUUAGUACCCCUAAUUGGAUUUUUGGCAAUGGGUUCAGACCCGACCCCGUCUAUCGAAACGACGGCAAAGCGCCUUGAGUGCUUAUGUUCAUCUAUUUCUAUGGGUCAGGGUCAGGAAGUUCACGCAAGAAAACUUAUUGAUCGAGCUCUCACUGAGGGAUUAUGGGUAUUGCUGCAAAAUUGCCAUUUAGGUUUGGAGUACAUGGUAGAAAUUAUGGAGCAGUUUGGUGAAUUAGAAAAAGAUCCAGAGAAAGUUCACGAAACAUUCAGGCUUUGGAUAACAACGGAAGUUCACGAUAAAUUUCCAAUAACGUUACUUCAAAUGUCUAUAAAGUAUACCUGUGAACCACCUUCGGGUAUUAAAGCAGGAUUGAUGAGAACAUACGAUUCCAUGAGUCAAGACUUUUUGGACUAUAGUGAUAGUCCAUUUUAUCUUCCACUUAUAUACACUAUUUCCUUCUUACAUACUGUUGUUCAGGAGCGUAGGAAGUUUGGGCCGCUUGGAUGGAACAUUCCUUAUGAAUUUAAUUCUGCGGACUGGCUGGCAUCUUGCAUGUUUGUCCAAAAUCAUCUAGAUAUUUUGGAACCUGGUCAGAGUGUCAGUUGGACAACUGUCCGAUACAUGGUAUCCGCGGUUCAGUACGGUGGACGUGUCACCGAUGAUUAUGAUAAUCGUCUAUUGUCUACUUUUUGCAAAGUAUGGUUGGCGGAACAAUUAUUUUCGGAAGAUUUCCAAUUUUAUAAGAAUUACGGAAUAAUGAAAUUCAAAAAUAUACCUGAAUAUAUUGAAGAGAUUGAUAAAAUGAAAACAGUUGAUCCGCCUCAAGCCUAUGGCUUACAUACGAAUGCUGAUAUUACAUACCAACGAAAUAUGACUCAGGAACUGUUGGAUACCAUACUGUCUAUCCAACCGAAGGAAUCUAGUUCAGGAGGUGGAGAGACUCGAGAAGCGUCAGUGUACCGACAAAGCAAAGAAAUGUUAGACAAAGUCCCUCCUAAUUUCGAUCCUCAUGAAGUUAGAGAAAGGCUUCGGCUUUACGGUAUUUUAAAUUCAAUGGUAAUAUUCUUACGACAAGAAAUCGAUAGAAUGCAGAAAGUUAUCUCAUUAGUGAGGACAACACUGAAGGAUUUACUGCUGGCUAUAGACGGAACUAUUAUAAUGAAUGAGGCUCUACGAGAUUCAUUGGACAAUAUAUAUGAUGCGAAAGUACCUACCAUUUGGCAGAAAGGUUCAUGGUCUUCAUCAACUCUGGGCUUUUGGUUUACGGAGUUUUUGGAGAGAAACAUACAGUUUUCAGUAUGGUGCUUUCAGGCUAGGCCAUUUUCCUUUUGGAUGACUGGUUUCUUUAAUCCGCAAGGUUUCCUAACCGCUAUGCGACAAGAAGUGACAAGAGCUCACAAGGGCUGGGCGCUAGAUAUGGUCUCUUUACAUAACGACGUCACAAAAUCUCUUUUAGACGAAAUAAAAGCUCCUCCACCGGAGGGAGUAUUUGUUCAUGGGUUGUUUCUGGAUGGUGCGGGUUGGGAUCGUCGUAACCAACGCCUUUGUGAGUCCACGCUGAAGGUGCUGUACACGCAACUUCCAGUAGUUCACGUGUAUGCGAUCAAUUCAACAGCACCCAAAGACCCAAAACUCUACCAGUGCCCAGUCUACAAAAAACCUCGUCGCACUGAUUUGACUUUUAUCACUCCUUUAUGGCUGCCGACACUUAAGAAUCCAGACCACUGGAUACUGCGGGGCGUUGCAAUUUUGUGCGACAUCAAGUAAAACAUUUCACAUUGCGACAUGACGCAGUUGAAGCAGUCACAGUAACUUUUUUCUAACAAACUCAUCAUCGCUAGCUUCUUUUA